UAUGCAGUCUUGACUUCUUGAGUCUGUCUUUCGUUUUUCGUUUUUUUUAGUUCCGUCGACCCGUCGUUAAGUGUUAAAUAAUUUUAUAUAUUAUUAUUUAUUAUACAACAUUAUUGUAAUUAUACGCACUUUUAUACAUUAUGUUCGAAAAUGUGGUCUGUUGUUGCGUUUGAUGACGAUGAAACAGUAGAAGCUGUACCAUCAUAUUGGUUUCAAAAAAAUAAAUGUGCUGGGCCAAAAAGAAAUUAUAAAAAAUUUUUAGACCGUAGAAUUCAACCUAAUGAAGUUGACUUUGAUUUUUUACCUGCUCGAAAAUUAGGAAAAAAUAUCGACACUUAUUUGAUUGCUAGAGAAAAGGCAAAAAAAGCCGAGAAUACUUCUGAUAUAUCAACUCAUGAAUCAUCUCAAGAAAAUUAUCCUAAUUCUUCUAUAUCUAUGAAACAGUUUAAAAAAAGUAAAAUUAAUGAUGGCAAAAAAUUACUAGAAUCUGUAUUAUGGAGUCCAUGUAGCGAAAUUUGUUUUGAUGACGAUGAUAGCAAUACAGAUCCCAAUUAUCAUCCAUGUGAAGAGCAAAAACCUUCUGAAACACAGUCUUCUUUAAAUGAAGUAUUAUCUACACCUGUAAUAUUACAAAAUGUAUCAAAUAAUUAUCAACGUAAUUCUAAAGUAAGAAAACAACUCAUAUUUGAUACGAAAAAUCAUAGUCAGAGUUCAUUGAGCAACUAUACGAAGCUACCAAAAUGUACUGGAUCUGAACCAACAAAAUUCCUGUUAAAACCAUCGUCAUCUGCAGUAUCAAAUAUUAGGAAUGAAGACUUAACUAAAUCACAAACUAAUUUCUAUGGAUCAUCAGAAAUUAUUUUAACACCAUCAUCGCCAUUUAAAAUAUCAAAUGUUGAAAGUGAAGAACUUAUUACUAAUACUAAAUCUGAUAUCUAUGGACCGUCAAAAAUCAUUUCAACUCCGUCUUCGCCAUUUAAAAUAUCAAUUGUUGAUGAAGGCCAAGGAAUUACUGGAUUGCAAUCAAAUGUUUCUCAAUUAUCAUCUGUAUUAAUUUCAUCUGAUAAAAAUGAUAUUCUUCAUAAACUAAAUCGUAAUGUUUUAAAUAUGAAAUAUGAUAUAAAAACCUUGAUUGAAAAAAAUGAAAAACUUGAAGAAUUGAUUUUAAACAUAAGCACUGGUAAUAACAGUAACUUACCAAUUAGGAAUUUUACAAAUGGUUUGUUUGAAGAUGAUUUUCUUAGUUUAUAAAUGAAGUACUUCCAUUAAAAACAGAUGAAGCUUUGCUGGAAUUUGAAUGUAAGCUGUUAGACAAGGUUUUCAGAUCAAAAAUGGUCAUAGAGAUAAGUCGGUAUGGACGUGUCACAUUACCAGCUACUAUUCGCUCCAUCAUGCGCUAUUUAUUUACUGACAAUUUACUAAAAGAUUUCAGUUACAAGGGACAAAAAAAGAAGCAAAAUUUUUCGUUGUUGGCGGUGAACUCUGUGAUAUUUGAUGCAAUUAAGCAUAUGAAACGUUUUCAAAAAUUUAACACCAUAGAAGUUGAAGAUCCAAUCAAAAUAUUUUUAGCCGGAGCUAAAUUUAGAGAAAAACAUUAAUAAUUAUAUUAUGUGCUAUAUAAUCA